AUGAAGAACAGCUACUACAUGCCAUGGGUUGGCUUCAUGUUCGUCAUGGGCCACAUGUCGAUCAGCCAUAUCCGACGCCAAGCCGCGAACAGCCCUUCUUCAGUCGACAUCACCGGCGCGCAAAUGGUUUUGGUGAUGAAGCUGAGCGCCUUCUGCUGGAAUGUUGCCGAUGGCCAGCUACCCGAUGAAGUCUUAUCAGAUUUCCAGAAAGAUCGAGCGCUGUGUGAGCUCCCCAGCAUCCUGGACUAUGCAGGAUACACUUUAUUCUUUCCUUCCCUAUUCGCUGGGCCAGCAUUUGAUUACGUUGAUUAUCGACGAUGGGUCGACACCUCGAUGUUUGAUAUGCCGCCCAACGUCGAUCCGUCGAAGAAACCUCCUUCUAGGAAGAAAAGAAAAAUUCCGCGCAGCGGCACUCCGGCCACCUUCAAGGCCUUUCUCGGACUCUUCUGGAUUAGCCUGUUCGUUGUUUUGUCUGCGAGCUAUGGCCACGAUCAGCUUCUUGUGGACACGUACAUGCAUCAUGCUCUGUGGCGUCGAAUUUGGAUCAUGUACAUGGUCAACUUGGUAACUAGACUAAAAUAUUAUGGAGUUUGGACGUUAACUGAAGGAUCCUGUAUCCUUGCCGGAUUAGGAUAUAACGGAGUCGACCCCAUUACAGGGAAGGUUUUUUGGAAUCGCCUGCAGAACGUUGAUCCUUGGGUGGUCGAGACUGCACAAAAUCCUCGCGGCUACUUAGCUGGAUGGAAUAUGAAUACAAACAGCUGGCUCCGGAACUACGUAUAUCUUAGAGUCACGCCAAGGGGAAAGAAGCCAGGAUUUAGGGCUAGCAUGAUGACAUUUGUUACCAGCGCAUUCUGGCAUGGUUUCUAUCCCGGUUACUACUUAACAUUUGUCCUUGCCAGUCUCAUUCAAACAGCUGCCAAGAAUUUCCGACGCCUAGUGCGCCCCUUCUUCCUCGAUGCCAUCACUGGUGGUCCGUCCCCGAGAAAAAAGUACUACGAUGCCGCCAGCUUCAUUGUAACUCAGCUUACCUUUUCAUUUGCUACGACGCCGUUCCUCGUCCUCACCUUUGCGGAUUCCAUCCGCGCGUGGUCUCGUGUUUACUUCUACGGCGCUGCUUGGACUGUGAUAGGUCUUUUAUUUUUCGCCUCGCCAGGCAAGACGGUAUUAAAAGCAGAGUUAGAGAAGCGCCAGGGCAAGGCAAGUGCGAAGCUGGUUCGGUCAGCCAGUACCGAUAGUCUUACUGGCAAAGAUCCCAUUCUGGGAAUAUCGAAAGAUCCCGAGCGUGACGUGACGGAGGCCAUGGCGGAAAUCAGGGCUGAGGUGGAAGCACGACAGAAGAAAACAUUAUAG